AUGAAAAUCCAACUUCCCAAAGAUGACAAUUAUAUUUUGAUGCUCGACAAAAUUAGUAAGGAAGAAAAAUUUUUUAUACACAUCUUAUCAACAUGUAAUAAUGAAGCUCUACUAAACCAUUUAGUUCCAUUUGUUGAAUGGGUAUGGGUUAAAUCAGAUUUAAUUGCAUGGGCCCCUGUAUUAAAUAGGUUUGAUGAUUUACUACAAAAAUAUAUUAUCCAUAAUAAGCUAAACAAAAAAGAAGAAAAUGCUGCUAAUCAAGAGACAAAUAAUGUAAAUGUAGAAAAUGGAAAUAUCAAUACAAACGCAACGUGCCCAGAUGAUUCAUUUAUACCAUCAGACGAAUUAGUAGAAGAAAUUUUAAGAUUUACUUAUUGUAUAUUAGAUAAUUGUCUUAACAAAUCUAAAUAUAAUUCUUUAGAUCAUUUAUUAGCAUUACUAUGGUGUUUUAAUCCAAAGAUAUCAAUUUUAUCAGCUGAUAUUUUAAAUAUUUAUUAUCUAUUUAUAAAAAAAACUAAAAAAAAUGAAAACAAAAUAAACGAAAUAAUAAGCUCCUUAUCAGCAUUAAUAAAUAUACCAGUUCCAAACUUUUUACAUCCAUAUAUAAAUAUAGAUAUUGGUAAUAUAAAUGACAACAAUUAUAUAUCAGGAAUAAUAUUAUAUUAUUUACAUGAUUUUAAUGAUAAAAAAUAUAUGAAUAAUAUUUAUUCUAAAAUAGAAAAUAAACAACUUUUAGAUUUAAUAAAUUAUAAAGAAAUUGAUUUAAAUAAAAUUACAUUAAAUAUCGAUGAUAAUGAAAUUAAUUUUACAUCUAUAUUUCCAAAUCAAGUUAGUUACAAUGAUUCUAAAGAUGUACUUCAAAAUGCUUAUGAUCAAAUUGUGAAUAAAUAUAAUAUUAAUGAAAAAAAAAAAUUUGAUUUAAGACAUAAAUUAAGAAUAUAUAUAGGAUUAAUAUGCCCAAAAUAUAGAAAACAAUUAUUUAAUCUUAGAUAUUUAAUUAUUUGUGGAUCCUUAUCAAUUAAUUCGAUACUAUAUACACAAAUUAUUCCUGGUAAUAAUAUUUUUAUACAAGAAAUAUUAUAUAUAUUAAAAUAUCAUAAAUAUAUUAAUAAUAAAACUUUAUCUAUUAUAUUUGAUUUAUUAACAACGGCUAUUGAAUCACAUAUACAUUAUAAAGUAGUUUCAGAUAUAUUGGGUCUUAGAUUGCAUAGUGGUUUAUUUAUUAGCGUUCUUAAAUAUUAUCUUAAUUAUUUUCUAUCACCUUAUGUUAUACAAAAAAAUAUAUGUCCCUUAUAUAUUAUGAAAGAAAGUGAACAAGAAAUAUACAGUAUAAACCAUAUUAAUCAGUUAUAUAUAAAUAAGUCUCAAAAUUAUAUUAAUCCUAAUCUACAGUCACAAAAUAAUUAUCUUUUCCAAAACAAUCAAUCUCCUCAAAUAAAUAUGUACGAACCAGGAUCAGAAAUUUUAUCUAAUAAUAAUUUAAGAGAUCCUAUAGAAUCAUAUAAUGAAUCUCCUGAAAAUGCUAUGUCAUCUUCAAUUUUAUCAAAUUUAAAUUCUUCUGAUCUAUCAAUUAUAUCCCCAUCAAGAUCUUAUAUAAAUAGAGAAGUUGAAUCUUUUCUAGAAAAUAAUAAUGUUCUACAUAAUCCAAACCAAUUAAUCAACACACACAAUCAUGAAACGUUUAACGCAACAGACCAAGCCCAAUCACAAUUAAAUACUAACCAAGUUGAAAACAAUCAAUUGAUAAUUAGUAAUAAUAUAAAUGAUAUUUUUAAUCCAAAUAAUGAACAAAACGUAUCUCAUAUUUCAGCUAAUAAUGAAAAUGAACAAGUUGAUGAAACAAAUUUUGAAAAUUAUAUAAGCGAAGAUGUAAUAAUAGAUAAUAUAAAAAAUUGUAAAAAAAAUGGAGAAAAUGAAUUUAUAAAGGUUACAAAAAAAUAUUUCAAAGAUUAUAAAAAACAAAAAAAAAAAAUAUCAAUGAUGUUACAAUUAUUAACUUUAUAUCAUACAUGUAUAAUGGAACCAUGUCCUAUUUUGACAAUAGCACAACAAAAUACUUUGAAGUCAUUCCCUUUAUAUUUACAAGAUAGUUAUACAGUUAAUUUACCUAUAGUACAUUUAUUACUAAGGAUAAUGGAAACAUUACUAGAUUUUACACCAAACUUUUAUUUUACUGAAAAAAAUGAAGAUGAAUUAUAUAAAGUAUUAUUAUACCGUUUUCAAUAUGAAAUAUUUAUGAUAUCAGAUUCUUUUUAUCACAUGAAUAAAAAUGAUAUGUUAAAAUAUUAUUUUACUCCAUUCUCUUAUGAAAAAUAUGAUCAAACAUUUAUUGAAGCAGAAGACGUAGAUAAUUAUAUACAGAACAAACUCAUUAACCAAUAUAAUAAUAAUCCUACAAUAAAUGAGAAUAACAUUUUCCAGCCAUUUAUUACCCCUAAUAAUAAUAUGGAAAUUGAAAUUCCAAAAAAAAGUGAAGAUUUGUCUCAACAGGAAGUAAAAAAUUAUGAUACCAUAUUUUCUAUAAAUAAUUCAAGCUUAAGAAAUAUUUUUGAAAAAUACGAUAUUAAUAUGGAAACAUCAGAAGAAAUAAUAUUAAAUAGAUUUACAUUUUGGAUGAAAUUACAUAUAUAUAAUGAAAGAAUAAAAAUUACAAAAAUAAUUAUAAAGGCUUUAAAUUUGGCUUUAAAAGGAUAUUCACCAACAGAUACAUUAAUUGAUAUAUUUACUAACAAUUAUAUAUCAGUAAAAAUAAUUAAAUAUAUAUUAAAAUAUCCAUAUAAAUUUGGUUUAUGUAUAUAUGGAUAUAUAUUAGGAUUUAUAUAUGAACAUAUUUAUGAAGAUCCAACAAUAUUAUCUACCUUAUUAAAAGAGGGAAUAUUAAAUGCUAUGUUAAAUAGUAUAAAUGAAAAUAAUUUUAAAAAUGAAACGGUUCUAAUUUAUGUACCAUCUUUAUUAUCCCUUAUGUUUAUACAUAGUAUUGGAAAAUCUGCUAUGAAAAAAUUGGGAUACAGUCCUAUAUAUAAUCUAUUUUAUUUUGUACUAAAAAAAGAUUAUUUUUUUUAUGAUCGAUUUGGUGAUAUAGCUGUUUCAAUUGGAAAUAUUGCAAAUGAGUUAGAAAAUUAUGGAUUUACGAUGAAAGAUUUUGUAACUUUCCAUAUUAUGUUAUUAAAAGAAUUAUAUUUUGAAGGUAUAAAUUUAGGAUAUUGGAAAUGUAUAGACUAUAAUUAUUUAGAAAAACAUGUUGAGCAAUUUUUAAAAAAACCAAAUGAUAUCAAAUUAAAUGAUUUAAAUAUAGAUAAAUAUAAACAUCGUAAAGAUAAUUUCUUUUUCGAUAGAUUAUCAAUUGUUUGUAGAUGCAUUUUAUCAUAUAUGAAAGGAUCAUGGGUAAAAGCAUUUAUUAAAUUAAAUGGAUUAAAAAUAUUAAUGUCUUUUACUAAUAUUAUUAGUCUCCCUCCUAAUUAUUUAAGUAUUUUUGAAUACCAUCCUAUUUAUUCAUUUAUUUUAAAGAUAUAUCUAUACACAUCAUUUAAAAAUAUGUGUAAUCAGUUUUUAUACCCCCUAUACAAUUAUACUAACUUUUUACAAUAUGCUCAAUACAUUAAUCUAAUUUUUAAGGGCGAACUUUGCUUUGAUCUGGGAGAGAAUAUAGUUGUUGUCAAGCAGUCUGAAAUUAAAAAAUUCGAAGCAAAUAAUGUAAACAUUAACGAUGUAACCCCAGAAUUUCAUUUUAAUAAGUUGCAAAAUCAUGAUUUGUCUCAAACCAGUUUUAUUUCGGGACCCUUUAUCGAUAGAAACAAAAUGAUUUUACAUUGUAUCACUCAUUUGUUUAACAUAUUAUAUUUUUUGAUCGCUGCAUAUGCAGAUACAAAAGGAUUAUAUGCUAAUGAAGAUAAAUUAUAUGAAACUACAGAAUUAUCAAAUAAAAAAGUUUUAGAAAUAUUUUCAGAUAUACUUAUAACUAUAGAAAGUGUAUAUGAUUUUUAUUUUAAUUUAUAUUUUUAUCAAACAAACGACUUAUCAAAUAAUGUUUCUUUACAAUCAAAAGAUAAAGUAUCUAUACAUGAACAUAUAAAAAGGAAACUUCGAAUAAAUCAAAAUAAAUCAGACUAUUUGUUAUAUAACUUAUUUUGCUCAACUCGUUCAUUAUUUUGUUAUUCAGUAAAUAAUAAUGCUUAUGAAUUAAAUAAUAAUCAAAUAAAAACACAUCUAAUAUAUGACAUAGAUCAAAAUGACUAUAAAUUAACAGAUCAUUUAAAAUUACUAGAAAAUGAUGAUAAUGUUUAUAAAGCUAUUUAUAAAUAUACAUUUUCUCAAGUCUUAUUAGAGUUUAAUUCAUUUAAUCAUAAAAAUUGUAAAACCCCUUCAGAAAUUGUUGCACACAAGAAGAAAGAAAAAUCAAAAUUUAAAAAAUAUUUUCCUUCCUUCUACAAUUCAGAAAAUAAAACGAAGAAAAAUAACACAACCAGUGAUCCUACCAUUUUGCCUACUAAUAAUAGUGCUCUCAACGAUUUAGAAAGUAAUAAAAAUUCUGAAAAUAAAAAAUUGAGUCGGGAAGACAUUUUAAAAAUAUAUUACACAUGUAUGAAUCAAUCUAAACAAGGCAAUACAAAUGGAAAUGAACAAAAUGAUGUAAAGCAAAAAAGUGAAAAAUAUAAUGAUUACUAUAUCAAUGACGAAAAUGUUAAUAUCCAUACUAGCUAUCCUUAUCAAUCAAAAUAUGUUAUGUGUGAAUCCUUAAAAUCUUUGCUUGUAAUUAUCAAAAGUUUUUUUGUUAUGUUAAAUAUGUUGUGCCACUCAAAACAAGCCAAAUUAAAAAGCAAUUCCAGUUAUAUAUACUAUAAUAUAAUUCAGCAAAAACAUUUACUAUGUAUUAUUCGAUGCUUAACAAAAUGUAUGUUGAAUGUACCUUUAGUUUCUAAGCCUAUUCAUGAAAAUUCUUGUAUCGGUUCAAACUCUCUAUAUAAUAUAUUAUCUGAUCAUAUAACAUUAGAAAAAAUGAAUUAUUUAGAUAACAAUUGUAGUAACGAGUGCACUAACUUUUUUACUGAGGAUAUUUAUGGAAAUGGGUCAGAAAAUGGAUUAAAAAAUAGCGGAAAAAACUUUCAAAAUAAUAAACAAAAUUUUAAUAUCUAUGAUUAUUCUUAUACACCAUAUAUUAAUUUUCAUACUCAAAAAAUUGAUCCAUUUUAUCCAGAAUAUUUUUAUAUGGAAGAUAUAUUAUUUAAAAAAUAUAACCUUAAUUUUUUUGGAACUAAAGUUGUGCCAAAUAAAGAUCUUAUGAGCACAGAAGGGGCAAAUGAAGAGGCAAUUUUUGAGGCAAACAAUUCUGAAAACUGUAAUUAUAAUAAUACCAAUAUGAAUAGGCAAAAUAACAACAUCAUAGAUCAAACAAUAAAAAGUAACUCCAAUUAUAAAUUAAGUGACUAUAAUAAAGUUCACAUAUGCACAAUUACAUCCGAUUCUUACAAUGCUAACUCUAUACCUAAUGUUUCAUUUAACGAUAUAGAUAAUAUGAAUGACAUGAAUACUCAAAACAAUAGUAACCAAUUUGCCAGAGGAACAGGUAUUGCCAUUAGCUCAAUUAAUGGCUGUAGAAAAACGCCGCUUUUUAAUGACGAUCGAAGUUGCAAUAUAAAUAAUAAUAAACGAUUUGGUAAUAAUAUAAAUAGCCAUAAUGAUUCUAAAAAAUGUUCAAAUGAAAAUAAAAUGGAAAAAGUCAAAAUAAAUAUAAAUAGUUAUACACCUAUAAAAACAGUUAAAUAUAUUUCAGAAUUAAUAAAUACAUUACAUAAAUUAUUAUCAGAUAGUAAAUUAGAGUUUGUUAGUUAUUUUUACUUUUUAGAUUUAUUAUAUAAAGUUGGAACAUUUGAUUUUAUUUUCAAUAUGUUUAACUAUUUAAUGAGUGUAUAUAUAUCUUUACUAGCUAUAUAUUUUAAAAAAAUGAAAAAUGAAAAGAAUCCAAAUUUUUACUCUAAUUUUACAAGCUAUAUACCUAUACAUAUAAGUAAAAAUUAUACUUGUACUAAUACUUAUUUUGUAAGAUAUGUAAUAAGAUUAAUGCAAUAUUUUGCAAAAUCAGAUAUAAAUACAAUCAAAAUAUAUAUGGAAAUAACUAUAAAAAGUAUAAAUACAUUUUUAGACUUUUUUAUGAAUAUAAUAAGUAUUGGAAAGUUUAAUGUAAUUUUCUUUACCUCAAAAAUGUUACACCCCUUUACAAAAUUAAAUCGAUCAUAUGGAAAACCCAACAAUAAACAUGAAAAAAAAACAAGUCCCCAAGAUAAUGAAGAUAAUCCUGAUGAUAGUCAAAAUCCUCACUCUUAUUCAAAUAAAGAUGAUCAUAAUUCAAAUGCAAAAAUAAAAAUAAAUGGAUCUAGAGAUUUUAUUACUACAACAGAUGGAAAUGGAGAAAAAAAUAGUUUUAUCCAAAAUAAAAAUAACACACGAUUUACCAAUAAUAAACAAAAUUAUAAAAAUAAAAAAGAAGACGAAAAUAUUAGAAAGGAAGAUGAAAGUAACAAAAAAGAUGAUGAGAAUGAUAAAUAUUUUACUUAUAAUAAUAAUUUUUCAUUUACCUUAGAUUAUUUAGAUGUAAUUAAUACAAUCAGAUCAGUGAAAUGUGAUAUAACAAAUAAUAUCUUUAUGUGGUUAACAUAUAUUAACAGUACUAGUGUAAAAAUAAAUAAUUUAGGAAAAAAUAAUAUAUAUAUAAAUUUUAACAAUAAUAUUAUUUUUGGAUUUUUAAAAAUAAUACUAAAAUUUAUCUACCAUUCUAUUGAUACCGAACCUAAGCUUUUAGAAUUUUGGGGAAAGGAACAAAUGAAAGAUAAAAAAUUUACAGGAAAUAAAGAAAAAGAUAAAGAGAUGUAUAAUUAUCCAAAUAUUGAUAUAUUACAAGAAUUAAAAUUAAUGGGCUUUGAUGAAAAAAAUAUUUAUGAUUCAUUAAAUUGUUCAGGAACAACUGAUUUAUACUCUACACUAAACUAUUUAGAUAAAACACGAGAAAAAGAUAAUCCAUUUUCUUUAAAAACUGAAAAAGGAGAUACAUCAUCUCAUAAUAUAAAUAAAGAAAAUAAAAUACCUUUCUAUUAUGGAUCUGAUGAAAAUAGUAGUGAUGGAAAUUCGACAAAUCAUAAUAGAAGUAGACGAAAUAAUCGAUCCGAAGAUGCAUUUAGAUUAAAUUCAUUUAUUGACAAUAUGCAAUCACUAUCAGAAAAUAAUGCAGCUAUAAAUCGUGUAGAAAAUAACAAUAUAGAAGGGUUUGAUACAAAUUCUGAAAAAGUGCCCGAAACAGAUAAUGGAAAAAAAAGUAAUAAAAAAAAUGAACAAAAUAAUAAUAUGCUCUAUAAAGAAGAUAAAUAUGUUUUAGGAAAAUAUCCUUUCAUGUAUGAAAUAUUAAAAGAAGCAAAAGAAAAAGGAAAACAUGCAAGACUACAUUAUUUUGAAACUAUUAUGGAUCCAUAUAAUAAAAAGAAUAUGAUCUUUUAUAUACAAUAUUAUUUAAAAUUAUUGAAGAAGAAAAUAUUCCUUUCAUAUAAUGAAAAUAAUAUAAUUAAAAAGUUUUGGAACGAUGAAAAAUAUUUAAUACUUAAACAAUAUAUAUAUAAAUACAUAUUUAAUAUGCUUAUAAAUAUAAUGAUUACAAUUCCAUAUAAUGAAUUAUCAUUUAUGAAUCUAUACCUAAGUUUUCUAGUCAUAGACAUUGAUAAAAAAUCAGUUAAACUAUUUUUAGAUCAAUAUAAAAAAACAAUACAUGAUAAAAAUAGUAAUAAAAGUAGAAUAUUUAAUCAUCAAGAUGUUAAAAUUAUUAUUUUAUAUUAUUUUAUUGAAAAUAUUUCAAAAAAAAUUAAAAUGCUAAAAAAUGAUGAAUCAUUCCCAUUCGAACCAUUUUACCAUUGUAAUCAUUUAUUUAUGUACUUUAAUAAAAAAAAAACAAAAAAUGAAAAAAAAAGUGAAAAAGCAAAGAAAGGAACAACAAAUCAAACACACAACCCUCUCAAUAAUAUGACCCACUCAAAUAGCAAUGAAACUAAUCCUAAUACUUCUCUAAAUAAUCCUACAAAUAAUAUAGACAUUACUAAUACUACUUCAAAUGAAAAUAAUCAAAAUCAAAGAAAUAAUUCCGUCAACAAUCGUCCCGAAAAUUAUCAGCAUGGCGAUUAUGACACAAGCAAUCAUAGUGAUGAUAAUAUGGCAGAAUCGAACUUACAAAAUAGUAAAAUAAAUAAUGAAGAAAUAAAUAAUCAGCAGAAAACUAAUAUUACAACCAAUGCAGAUCUAAAUAAACAAAGUAAUGAUGUGAAAUCCUCAUUAUAUGGAAUGAAAUAUAUCAAAGGGGAUAUGGAUAUAAUAUAUCAAUCUCAAAGAGAUAUGGAAAUAUAUUCUUACCAUUUCUGUUUGUACAUGCUAUACUUUACUCUUUUUAAUAUUAUAAAUAAAUAUAGUCUAGCCAAAAAUAUUAUUCUACAUAUAGAUAGGAAUAUAAUAGAUUACUGUAUUUUUUUUAUACAAAAAUUUAAUAUAUCAUAUUUAAAAAGUGUAGAAAAUAGUGUUAAUCACUUUUUAACAGAACAAAAUGAAUUACCAACUAUGCUUCAAAAAAAAACAGCUAGCAAUUCACAAAUGUUAAUAAAUAAAGAUACUCUAAAUGUAAGUAAUACAGAAAUAUGCACAAAUUGUGAUAAUAAUUUAGCCAAAAAUAACAAAAAAAAAAGAAAAUACAAUAAAAUACAUACAUGCGGGCAACCUGAUGAAAACACAAAUUGUACUGGGUGUGCUAAACAAAUCAAUAACUCUAUUAAUACUGCCAUGCAAAAUAUAAAUGAUAAUGAACAAGAAAAUAUUUCUCAUGAUCCAACACAUACUAAUGAAUAUAUCAACAAUAGCCAAAUAAUAAGUGCUAUGAAAAACGAAGAAAAUAGCAAUGAAAGUAAUAUAUUAAAUUAUGAUGAGCAAAUAAACCAAACAAAUGAAACGAACAAUUUUGAAGAUAAAAAAAUAAAUAUAAUGUAUAAUAAAGGACUAGUUGUAAAUCAAUCUAUAAAAACAAAUAACAUGUUAAUACCUUAUUGGAAUUUUCUCGAUGUAGAUAAUUCUGAAUAUAAUCAAAAAAACGCUAUUAAUAAUUCAUCAUUAGAAAAUGAAGAAAAUAAAUUUAUUUCAUUAUAUUCCAAACCACCAUGUUUUUACACACCUUUAUUUAUGUGCUUAUAUAAAAUAAUUAUUAACUAUUCAUUAUACAAUUUUAAUGAUAAAAAUAAAAAAUUAUUUAAAAAAAAAAAAGAAGAAAAUUUAAAUGAAGAAAAAUCAUUUUAUUCAACAAAUAUAGGAACAGAUGGUACUACUCUUAAAACAGAAAAAAAUUCUAUAAUACAUAAAGAUAACUUACUUUUUACUAAAACUGAAAAAAUUAACAAUUUCAAUGAUAAAAGAAAUUCAAAUAAUAAUAUAAUAUUUGAUAUGGCAUUAUCUCUAUCAAACCAAAUCAAUGCAAAUAAUAAUGGCAUAAAUAUUUCGCAGAAAUUGAAUAUGGAAAAUAUAAGAUUUAUAUCUUCAGAAAAACAACAUAACAUAAUAAAAAUAUGUAUCGAUACAUUACAUUUCUUUAAAGGAUAUAAUUCACAACUUUGUUUAAGUAUUUUACAAAUUAUAGAAUAUUUAACGACUACUUAUAAUAAUGUUGUAUUUUUACUCUCCUAUCGACCUCCAAAUGUGUAUAAACAUUUUAGAGAAGUUUUUGAAAUUGAAGAAAGGAAGAAAGCUAAAUUGGCAUAUAGUACCAAUACUAAUAAUUGUUUUGAAAAAAUAAAUAAAUCAGAAAAUGAUAUAAAAAAUAACACAGAAUACGGUUUAACAGAUAUUCAUAAGAUAGGCCAAUUUAAAAAAGAAAAAAAUAUUGAAGGUGAAAAUGAAAGUAGUAGUAAUAAUAUUUCAGAACUUGAUAUUAAUGAAUUAAUAUUACAAAAUAUGUGUCAAAGUAGUUUAGGAAUUCUUCUAACAAUAUCAAAACAUGCAAAAUUUAAAGAUAUGCUUAUUAUACUUAUAAAUAUAUUAAUUCAAUGUUUUACAGACAAUUAUGUAAUAAUGAAUAAAAUAGAAUAUAGCUUGAAAUCAUAUUUCUUAUGUCAUGGAAUACCAGUUAAAUGCUUCAUGAAAAAAAAUGAUUUAAAAUCAAUAAAGAAUAAUGAUUUUAUAAAUGCAUUAGGAGUAUCUUUGAGUGAAUUAAAUGAAGCUUUAUAUCCAUUUAUAUUUAAAAAUCCUCAAUUAUAUGAAGAAAUAUUAACUAGCUUAUGUUUCUUUCCCAAUCUAAAAUAUGUUAAAAAUCCAAAAAAAGAUAAAUAUGAAGAUAUUAUGAAUACCUCAGUUAAUGUUUCAUAUGACCCAAGUAUUUUAAUAAAUUCCGAUUUUGAUUCUGGCAAAAAUUUUCAUGAAAAAAAUUCAAAUAUAGAUUAUAUUAAUAAUAAUGAAAUUGAGGAUUUACUUGAAAAAAGUUGUAAAAAUCAAUAUUAUUUAAAUUGUUUACCAAUACCAGAAAAUAUAAAAUCUAUUUAUAUGUUAUCAGACAUAGCUAAUAGUACAAAAUGUCUAAAAAAAUAUUAUAUGAAAAAUAAUUUUUAUAAUUUUUAUAUAUUAGCAACAUUGAUAGAUUUCCUAAACUUGUUCACUAUUAUUCAAAGUAAAACAAGAGUAACAAAAUUAAAUGAAAAAGAACAAAGACUUAAAUUUAAUCAAAAAUUAAUGGAAAUAUAUGGAAAUGAUGUUGAUUUUGAUAAUGAGUUAGAUUAUAAAGUUAUGUAUCCAUUUGCCUUAACUGCUGAUAACUUACUUUUUAUUAUUAAUUUAAUUUUCAAAACAUUUAAACAUUUAAUUGUUUACUUGAUUAAAAUGCCACCAUUUAAUCAAAAAAUUAUUAAAACAUUUAUUCAACCAGAUAAUACUCCUAUCAAUAAAGGAGAUAAUUUAUACACUACUGAUAAUACACCUUUCAAUAAUGGAAUUGAAAAAUCAAGUCACAUGGGAAAUAAUAUAAAUAAUAGCGGGUCAAAGGAUAAUAAAAUUUGUUCGAUUCAGCAAAAUAGUACUAAUUUGCUUUUUACAAAAAAUAAAAAUGUAAGUACCACAUCUCAUAUUAAUAACUUGGGCAAUAAUAUGAUAGCGAAAAAAAAUAUUUACGAAACCAAAACAGAAACAGAAAUAACAAGACCAGAUUCCAUAAAUUCAUAUAAAGAAAUAUCUGAAUAUUAUUUACAAAAUUAUAUGCAACUAUUUUCUAUUUUUGAUGCAUCUAAAUUAAGUUUUAGAAGUUGCCUAUUCCCCUUUUUAUCGGAUAACACAAAUAUAUCAGAUAUUAAUAAACAAUCUAAUAAUGAUAAAAAUAGUAUAAAUAAUCCAGAUCAAACACAAACAAAUAAUUACAAUAAUAUAGCUUUUACACCAUUUUUAAUAUUUUUAUUUAAAAGAAUAUUACCUCAAUUUAUUUGUAUGAGCAAUCCUAUUAUAUAUAGCCCCUAUUCAUUUAGCAAUUUUGAAAAAAAAUUCACAAACAAUAUAGAUAUUUACUAUGCAUCACUAAAUAAUAAUGAGUCUAAAAAUAUGGCAUAUAUAAAACAUAUAUUUAAUUUUGUUCAGUUAAUUUUUGAUAUUCAUAAUUCUAAUUAUGAUAUUCAUAAAAAAGUAGUACUUGAAAUUGUCCACUUAUUAAAAAUUUAUUCAAAUUUUCAAAAAAAAAAAGAUAUCAUUAAUAAUAGUGCAUUCACAACAGUAAUGAGUGUUUUCUCAAAUGCCAUAAGUUCAUUACUUUUUAAAUUAAUCAAUGAAGAUCAAAAUGUUAAAAUUGAAAAAAACUCAAUAGUAGUUGAAGAUAAACAAAUAUUAAAAAAUACAAAGAACUUAUCAAAACUUUUAGAUUCUCUUGUAAAGAUUGAAAAAAAUACAAAAGCUAACAAUGAGAAUGAUGAUGAUAAACUUUACCAACAUGGAAGAAGAAGUAGUAUUGGAAGCAUCAAAAAAUAUGUCAUCAAAAGUAGUGGAGGAAAUAAAAAGGGAAUUGGCGAAAAUCCAGAUGAUAAUAAAGAAGAGGAAGAAACAGAAAAAGUGUUUGCAUAUAGUAAAGAACAAUUAGUACUAUUUAGAAAUUCAUUAUGCAAUUUGUUAAAUAAAUUAGAUUAUGGAAAAGAUGAUUUUGUAAAUACCGCAACAUCUAUUAUACGAUCUUUAUCUGUUUUGACAUCAUCAUCAAUUAUGGGACAUCCUAUUAAAAGUCCAAAUAUAAACUCUCAUAUGAUAAAAUUGAAUAAAAUAAAUAAUGCUCAAAAAAAGAAAAAUGAUAAUAAAAUAAAAAGAAAUAAAAGAAGAAAAAAUAUAUCAUCUUCUACAUUUUUAAAUCCAUCAUAUAUUAGAUUUAGAUCAGAUUCAAGUAAUGAAAAUUCAGAUUCUUCAGAUAUUUCUUAUUCAGAAGGCUCAGAUGCAUCUCAUGAAGAAAAUUUUAUAUUCGGAGAUGAAGACGAUGAAGAUGAUAGUAAUAAUGAUGAUGAUAUCCAAUACGAAUAUGAAGAAGAAAUGGAUGAUGAUUAUAUAGAUGAAGAUGAUGAAAUAGAUAUAGAUAAUGAAGAAGAAGAUACUGAGGACGAUGAAGAAGAUGAUAAUAAUCAUGCCCAUGGUAGAAAUGAAGAUAUAUUUAAUGAAGGAAAUUAUUAUGACCAAGAAGUCGGAAUCAGUAAUAACAGAAUUAAUGCUAAUACACCUCAUGAAGAUGAUAGUGAAAGUCAUAGCAUAGAUGAUAACAAUUUCGAUGACGAUGAUGAUGAUGAUGACGACGAAAUUGACGACGAUGAAAUGGAUGAAGAUGAUGAUGACGAAAUUGAAGUUAUCGAUGAAAAUGAUGACGAUGAACUGGAUGAAGAUGAUGAUGAUGAUGAAGAUGAUGACGAUGAUGAACUGGAUAUUGAAGACGUUGAUAUAGAUGAAGAAGAUGAUGAAGAAGAUGAUGAAGAUGAUGAUGAUGAUGAAGAUGAAGGGGAAGAAAAUAGUCAUGAGCAUGAUGAUGAUGAUAAUAAUAAUAGAGGUUUACAUGUACAUGCUUAUUUAGUACAAGAUAGUAAUAUAAUAGAUGAAGAUCAGAUAUAUGAUCAUUCUAAUAAUUUAUUAUUACCUCAUGAAGUAGAUGAAAAUGAAGAAAACCUAUCAAACAUGGGAGAUAAUAAUAAUAAUAUAGUAUCUAGAUUAAAUUUAAAUUCAGAUUCUAGUCAUGAUCUAGAUGACGAACAAAGUGCUCAUAGAAUAAGAGAAAUCGAUGAAACAGAAGAUGAUACAGAAGAUGAUGAUGAAGAAGACGAUGAAGAAGAUGAUGAAGAAGAUGAUGGAGAAGAUGAUGAAGAGGAUGAUGAUGAUAUUGAUAAUGAUGAUGAAGUAGAUGAUGAUGAGGAAGAGGAAGAAAUUGAUGAAGAAGAUGUUGAAGGAAAUAAUUGUACCUUUAGUAUUAAUCAAAAUGAUGAUAAUGGUAUAUCAAAUAAUAAUAAUAUAGAUUCAAUUGAUAAUGAAAUACAUGUAGAUAAUUCAUUAUUAAAUUGUAAUGAAAAUCAACAUCAAAUUUUAGAUAUACUAUUAGAAGAAGAUGGAGCUUAUAACAUUAAUGAUGAUAUAGAUGAAUAUAAUGAUGAUUAUAUUGAUGAUUGUGACCAAAAUAAUAAAAAGCAACACAGUAUUUCUUUGGGUUUUAUUGAAUCGGCUAGAGAUACAAAAAAUGAUGAAAGAGAUAUAAAAACGGAAUAUCCAAGCAUGUCCAAUAAUCAUCCAAAUUCUUUAAACAAUCUACUUAAUCAAGCACAACAUGAUGAUACAUCAAAAGCUAACAUUUUUACCAAUCUAGUGCAAACUGAUAAAAUAAAUAAUACUGAUCAUGAUACAACUAAAAUGAAAAUAGAAAAUGAUAAUAAUAAUGCGAUCAUUAAUAGUUACGCAAAUCUAACAAGUGAAAGUAACAUAAAUAGUAAUACACACUUGAAGGAAGGAAAUGAUGGAAGCAAUAAUAAAAUAAACACCGGUGCAUAUUUAUCUGGGGAAAUUGACGAAAAUGAUGGUAACGUCGUAUCGAAUUGUAAUGAAAAUAAAAUAAAUGAUGAGGAAGAUGCUAUUGAUGUAGUACCAAAAACAAAUGAUAAUUCAUCAAAUAAUAAUAAUCUUAAUAAUGAAUAUGAUAUUAAUUUAAUCGAUUUAUAUUAUCAUUUUUACAAUUAUAAUAAUAGAGAUAUUAACACAAUGCUAAGUGAAAAUAAUAGUAUAAUGUAUUUGAAUGAAACUGGAAGAAUACGUUCAACGUGUGAAAAAAAUACAAAUAAUUUAAUUACUACAGAAAAUCAACAAAAUGAAGUUGUUUCAACUGAUAAUGUUCCCAAUCCAUCAUCUCUUAAUGAAAUGCCUGUAUCCGAAAACAUAAUAGAACGCAGAGCCAUGAAUAUUAAUAAUAAUAUUCCAAGUCGAAUAAACAAUUCACCAAUCAAUAGUACAAAUAUACUUAGCCUAAUGAAUCAACUUUGCUCUAACUUAUUAACUAUUAAUAGAAGACGAUCUGAUCCAAUAAAUAAUGCGAUAACCACAACUUUACAUUUACCAGAUGGAGUGAGAAAUAAUGACAGCAUAAGUAAUGUCAACAGAUUUGAUAUAAGUGGAAAUAUAAUUAGUGGAAAUAAUGAGUCAAAUCAAAAUGGAUUAACUUAUUAUCAUAUUAAUUAUGAUAGAAUGAAUAACGUGAUGGGACAAAAUCCUUUUAAUAAUUUAUCAAAUAAUAGACAAAAUAUAAAUAAUGCUAAUACAAACAAUAAUAUGAAUAAUACUAAUAAUAAUCUAAGAAAUUUAUAUAACAAUAUUAGAAAUUAUAAUAUAAGUGAUAAUAAUUUAGCAUCUAUUCGAAACUUAAAUUAUUCUAAUAUGCGCAAUUUUAGAAGCACUCCAUCUAUUGAAGAUGACGCUCCAAUUAAUGACAACAAUGAUAUGCCAAGAUAUGGUUCUAAUAUUUCUCAAGCUAACGAAAUUGAUGAAAAUGCUAGAAUUAAUGGUGAUGCUAUUAGAGCUAUCCCAAUAACUGACCCAACAGAUGCAGAAGACCAAAUAGAAAACAUCUCCCCUACUAAUAAUAUCGAUUCAAAUAAAUCUGAAAACAACAUGAACAAAAAUAAAAAUGAACAGAAUGCAUCUGAUAUUGAUGACAAUGGAAAAAAUUAUAAAGACGAUAAAAAAGAUCCCAAUAAUAAGGAUUCUAAAAAAGGAGAGAAAUUUACUUUAAUCGAUUCAAUCUUAGAUAAUGACAAGAAAUUAAAAAGUGAUAUCUGUAAUAUAAUGUAUAACAGAUUAUGCAAAUCUGUUCCAAAAGUUAACAUUAAUUUGCCAUUUGAUAAUUUAGUAGAGGAAAAAAAUAAAAUUAUAGACAAAAUUCAUAAGUCUAUAGAAGAAAAAAAGAAAAAGAAAAAUGAACUUCCAAUAGAUAUUAAAAAAAGCAUACUAAAUGAUGAAGAAUCAGCUAAAGUUGAUGAUGCAAUGUCAGGCAUAAAACUUGAAGAUCCUAGUGGCAAUUUGACUGAAAAUGUUACUAACUCACAAACCGAGGCACCACUCAAUACGUCUAUCAAUAAUGCUAAUGAAAUAGAGGAUCAAACAAAAAAACAGUUAAACGUCGAAGCGCAAAUCAACCAAGAUAAUAUGAAUGAAUCACCAAUUGGAAAUAUAUUAGAUAAUCUAGAUGAUGACUUAGAUCCUGAAGGAGACCUGACUCCACCAUUUCUUUCAGAACCACAGCCAAACACAAAUGACUUUAAUAAUUCUAAUAUAAAUGAUGCAUAUGGAGAAGUCACGCCAGAAGAUGAAGAAGAAGACCCAGAGGAUUAUAAAACUAUAAAUUAUGAUGAACUAUUUGAUAGAAUGCUAAAAAUUGAAUCGAUAUUUAUAAUUUGCUGUUCUUUAGGAAUAAAUGAAAAACAAUUUUUUGAAAUUAUAAAUGUUGAUAGAACAUUUCUUGUUGAACUUCCAACUAAUUUAAUAGAAGAAAUAAUAUUUCAACAUUUGAAAAAUAUAACUCUAAAUAAAAUAAUUGAAAAGGAGCAAGAAAAUAUAAAUAACGCCAAAAAAAUAACAAUAAAAACAUAUAAAAAAUAUCUAAAGUAUAAAGAAUUUAUCAAAUCACAAGAACAAUCUUCCAAUGUAUUACCAGAAAACGAAUCUAACGAUGCGACAGCUACCCAAAAUGAAACUGGCAAUACUUUACCACCAACUGGAGAAACAAAUAAUGAAACAAAUAAAGAACAUGAUGAAAAUGUACGAAUAUAUAAUAGUAUCAAAAAAAGCUAUCUUGAUGCAUUACCUUCAAGUGUUAGAUCCGAAAUCAAAAAAAGAAUUAUCGGAAAUAAAGGACAAAGAGCAGAUUCUCAAGAUGAAACAAAUAUAGCUUUUAUAGAAUCAUUAACUUCAGAUUUAAGGAGAGAUGUUUUAUCCUCAGCAAGUUUGAGAUUUAUAAGAACAUUAACAGAAGAAAUGAUUGAAGAAUCAAGAAAUUUAAGAUUUUCAGCAUUGAAUAACAGAUAUCCUAACAUUUUAACAACAAGUAAUCGACCAGCAAACGUUAGCCAAACUAAUGAAAAUAGUGAUGCUCAUGUGCAAUCUAGCAAUGCAAAUGCAGAAAAUAACGAAAAUGCUGAAAAUAAUGAAAAUGACGAAAAUAAUGAAAAUAACGAGCAUAGCGAAAAUAGCGAUAAUGAUGAAAAUGAUGAAGGCACUAUAAUUCCUAUAGAAAAUAUAACCAAUGUAUUAGACAGAGAUGAAAAUGAUGGAAUGGUUAUUAUAAAUGGUGAUCACAACGAAGUAGAUGAAAAUGAUGGAGAUACUAUUGUCAUAAAUGAUAUGAGAAAUAUGCCUAUCUCUAGUAGAUUAAGUAGAAGAGAAAGUUUACAGGGUAGAUUAGCAAACUCGGUUUUCAUAAAUGCACCUUCAAAUUUAAACAGUCAUACAAAUAAUAAUUUUAAUGGUGUAAAUGCCAUAAACAGCAUAAUAAUUAGUAGUAAUGAUAGAAGCCCAAGAAACAAUCGAAAUAUGUUUUUCCCAGGAAACAGAAAUAGUUUAAGUGGUAGACGAAGAUUCAAUAUUCCAAUAAGAAAUUCUUUACCAAAUAUAAAUAGAAAUAAUUUUAUCAGAAUAACUUAUAAUGAUAAUAAUAAUCCAAUUAUUAUGAUAAAUACAGGUCAUGAAAAUUAUGAUAAUAUAGCAGUUUCGAGAUUUCUUGACAACUUUUUAGGUUCAAGAUCAUCGGAUAUAUCUAUUCCGGGUAUGGGCUUAGGAGCAAAUAAUAAUAUUAGAGGAAAUUUUAUCCCUAUUCCUAACUCAAUGAAUGUAAAUGAUAAUAAUGAUAUAAAUAAUAACGCGAAUAAUGAUAACAAUCGAAGUGGUAACAAUAAUAAUGAAAUACACAGAAUAACAAAUGCAAAUAUAACAAACAAUGGAAAUAAUUUUAACUUUAACUAUGCUGAUGGUACUAAUAUUAAUCACCCAAGACAAUUAAGAAGAAAUGAUAAUAGAGCAAAUAACAAUAAUACUAAUAAUGCUGAUCAUAAUUAUAAUAUAAUGGGUGAUGAUAAAUUAUUAGAAAAAGAAGAUAAUGCUUCUCUCAGUAAAUAUUUAAAAAAUUUAUUCCCAUCAAAUAAUAAUAAACUAAAUGAUGACAAAGAAAAUGAUACUGCUUUAUAUGUAUGCUUAGAAGAACCUGUUCCUUCUCAAGCUUUAAUUGAUAUAUGUAGAUUAUUAUUUUUAAAAAAAGAAAUAAAUAAAAAAAUUAUGUUUACACUAUUUUGUAAUUUAAUUUGUUCUUAUCAAAAAACAAAAUUAUAUACACUUCAAUUAUUUAUGAAUAUAUUAUGGUCUGCAUCUAUAGAUUUACAUGGAAAAUCAGAUUCUCCAAAUUAUAUAGCACUAUCAAAUGUAAUUAAUUUCCCACCAAAGAUGUUAUAUCAAAAUGUAAAUAAAAAAACAUUAGGAUUAUUUUCAGAUAAUUAUUUUACUACAUCUUAUAUAUCAGCAGAAAGAGUUUUAGAACAAGUUCAAUCUUUACUCAUAACUAUUCCACAUAUUACAUCAUUUUUCUCAAUGGAAUUAAUACAUCCUGCUUUGUUUAUACCAAAAGAAAUUGAACAUAAAAUAAAAAAGAAAAAGCAAAAAACAAAUGAUGGAAAAAGAGGAAGUAUUGAUGGAUGUAGAUCAUUUUUAGAUGAACUAGAAAGAAAAAGAGACAAAUUAGAGUUAGAUCAAUUUGAAGAUACAGAGGAUGGUCGAUUAAACGAAUAUAACGAAAAUAAUAAAUUUGAUCAUAUAUCAAAUAAAAAUAAUGAACAAAAAGAACAAGAAAAUAUUCCAGAUGAUGAAACAGCUAUAUUAGAAUAUGAAUUGAAAAGAAAACGUCCUAAAAUGGAAACACCCAAAACUGUUAACACAAUGUUUACAAAUAAUAUUAUAAAUUUGGAAAAAUUAAAUAAUGAUUAUCCUAUAAAUAUAUUAUUUAAACUAUUAGAUUCUUCUUUAUAUUUGACUUCGAAAAAAUUAAUAAGUCAUUUAUUAUCAGUCAUAUAUAACAUUUUAAUAAAUUCUGCAAAAAAAGAAUAUGCAUAUGCAAACUUUACAAAAUGGAUAUAUGCCGAAAAUUUACAAUAUAUAAUUACCAAUGCAGAAGAACUCAUACAAAAUGAUAAUACAGAUGCUAACGCAUAUGGCUCCGAAAUAAUAGCUAGCAACACAAAUGGAAAAAAUGAAAACAAUGAUAGUAAUAUAAAGGAUAAUCAAAACAAUGAAGACAAUAAUGAAGGAAAUGCUUAUACAUCAUCGAAUAAGGACAAAAAAGAAAAAGAGAAAAAUUCCAACUUAAAUGAAUUCUAUCAUAAUAAUAAUACAGCAUCAAAAAUUAAUAAAGAACUAUUAUUAAAUAUAAAGAAUAUAAAACCAAAUGAAUUUGAAAAAAAUGAUUACACAUUAAAACCAUAUUAUUUAUUAGAAAUUAUAUCGAUAAAUGCAAUAUCCAAUUUAAGUAAAUUAAUAUGUAAUUAUAAAACAAACUUUUUAUGGAUAAAUAGUAAUAAUAAUUUAGAACAAGCACAUAAACAAGAUAUUUCAUUAUUAAUACAAAUUGCUGUCAUAUUUUUUUCACAUUAUAAAUUAAAACGACAAAUUAUCCAAACCUUAAAAUAUCAUACACAUAUAUUAAUAAAAAGAAUAAUAUAUGAUUUAAAUAAGAUUGUAAACUCUAUUAAUAAUAAAACAUUCAACUUAUAUUCAAUUGAUCAUUCCGACAGUUUAGAACAAAAACUAAUUGCAUUGUAUAGGGUAAUUACAAUAUUGUUUAAUGCACCUUCUGUAAUUGACAGUUUAACGACCAAAAAACAAAAAAAAAAUAUUCCAAAACCUAAUAGUGAAAAUGAAAACUCUAAAUUAGACAAUCCAACAGAUUCCAAUUCUCAAAAUAAUAACCAAACACCCAACAAUGAAACUUCUAAUAUUGCAAAUGAUAACACUGAAAUUAAUGAUGCUACCUCAGAAUCAAAUAAAAAAAACAAACUCGAAAAUGAUGAUGCUACUAAUGAGAAUGAAAAUAAUAAAAUAAAUGAAGAAUCGAAAUUUGAUAUAUGCGCUGAUUUUUUCCUUUCAAUUAAUAUCGAUUUAUUAUGGGAAGAAUUUAAUAAAACAAUGCAGGUUAUAAAUAAUUCCUUAAUUGAUAAAAAUUAUAAAUUUAAAUGUAAUAAUGAAACGAAGAAUGAAAAUAUCGAUCCUCAAAAUAACAACUUUAACCUUCCUGAUAAAAAUAUAUUUUUCCAUAAUAAUUUGGAUAGCGACAUAACAAAACAUGAACAAAAUGAAGGAGUAGAAAAUUCUCAAAGAAAUGAAAAUGAUCAAAAUGAUGAACAAGAUGAUGAAAAAAAAAAAGAAAAUAGUGAUGAACCACCUCCAACUAUAUUAAACUAUUUAUUACCUUUGAUGGAAGCAUAUUUAUUUAUAGAAGAAGUUAUACUUGUUUCACAAUAUAAAUUACGAAAAUUUAAAGAUUUAGAAAAAAAAGUAGCUAACUUAAAUAUUGAAAGCAUAAAAAUAAAUGAAAAACUAGCUUAUGAAGAUUAUCCAUUUUAUAUAAGUAUAUAUAAUAAAAAGAACAUGAAACAAAAUGAUUACCAUAUGAACGAAUUUGAAAUGUUUAAAGAAAAUUAUUAUGACGAAGAAAAUGACCAAGAUGAAAAUAAUGAAUAUAUACAAAUAAAACUUGAAGAUCAAGGACAAAUAAGUAAUAGACAUAAAAAAUUAAUACAAUUUGUAUAUAUAAAUAGAAGAGUUAUUAACAGUUUGAUAAAACAAACACCUAUAUUAUUACAUCAUAACUUUAAAUCAUUAAUAAAAUUAACUUCAUCAUGUAUAAACUUUGAAAAUAAAAGACUAUAUUUACGAAAAAAAUUAAAAUAUUUAAAAUCAGGAGCUAGAAGUGAGCCAAUAAAAUUAAAUAUAAGAAGAGAAAAAGUAUUUACUGAUUCAUAUUAUCAAUUAAGAAAUAAAUCAGGUAAUGAUUUAAAGGGAAAAUUAGUAGUUACAUUUAAAAAUGAAGAAGGUGUAGAUGCAGGAGGAUUAACAAGAGAAUGGUAUUCCAUUUUAGCUAAAGAAAUAUUUAAUCCUAAUUAUGCCUUAUUUUGUAGAGAAGGAGAAAAAUGUGAAUUUAAUCAUCCAAACCCUUUAUCAUAUAUUAAUCCAGAUCAUUUACAUUUUUUUAAAUUUGUUGGGAAAUUUAUUGCUAAAGCUAUAUAUGAUGGGCAAGUUAUUGAUGCUUAUUUCUGUAGAUCUUUUUAUAAACAUAUGCUUGGAAGAAAAAUAUUACCAGCAGAUGCUGAAUCAGUUGAUCCUGAAUUUUAUAAAAGCUUAAUACAAAUAUCACAAUAUAAAUUAGAAGAUUUAAAUUUAGAAAUUAAUUUUAGUACUGAAAUAGAUGAAUUUGGUAAAACGAAAAUUAUAGAUCUAAUACCUAAUGGAAGAAAUAUACCUGUAACAGAUGAAAAUAAACAUAAAUAUAUCGAACUAUUAUGUGAACUAAAAGUUACAAAUAGUAUAAAAGAACAAUUAGAAGCAUUUAUGGAUGGUUUCAAAGAGCUAAUACAACCUAAACUUAUAUCUAUAUUUGAUGAUAAAGAAUUGGAACUAUUAAUUAGUGGUAUACCAACUAUAGAUUUAAAUGAUUUAAAAGAAAAUGUAGAAUAUCAUAAUUACACACCUAAUUCUAUUCAAAUUAUUUGGCUAUGGGAAGUAUUAGAAGAAUUUGAUGAAAAUAAAAAAGCAUCAUUUUUACAAUUUGUUACUGGAACAAGUAGAGUACCUUUAGGAGGAUUUAAAAAUCUAAUGGGUAUGAGAGGAGAACAAAAAAUGAUUAUAUACAAAGCUUAUGGAGAAGAUAGAUUGCCAACUGCUCAUACUUGCUUUAAUCAACUUGAUUUACCAGAAUACUCUUCUAAAGAAUGUCUAAGAAGUAAAUUAAUAAGAGCCAUUAUGGAAGGAAAGGAGGGUUUCGGAUUUAUUUAA